CGGUCUUGGCUGUAGCUGCUGGGGCGGCGGCGGCUUGGCCGAGCGUCCGAGGGUCGUGGGGGGAUGGGGUCUGCGAACUCCAGCCCUCGGCGGCGGCGGCGGCGGCCGUGAGUGUUGGGCGGGCGUCCGCGUUCCGGACGCGGGAUGGAGUGCCGCGGAUUUUGAUUUUUCUGACUCUUAUGUGAAAGGAUGAUUGCUCACAAACAGAAAAAGGCAAAGAAAAAACGUGUUUUAUCAUCAGGCCAGCUCUCUUCCGAUGAUACAUCUUCUGAAAUGGGGCUCAAGUCUAUAAGUACCAAUUACGUUUUUGAUCCGGAGUACAUCAAGGAAUUGGUGAAUGAUAUCAGGAAGUUCUCCCAUAUGCUAUUAUAUUUGAAAGAAGCUAUUCUUUCAGACUGUUUUAAAGAAGUCAUUCAUAUACGCCUGGAUGAACUUCUCCGUGUUUUAAAGUCUGUCAUGAAUAAACAUCAGAACCUCAAUUCUGUUGAUCUUCAAAAUGCAGCAGAAACUCUUACUGCAAAAGUGAAAGCUGUGAACUUCACAGACGUUAAUGAAGAAAACAAAAACGACCUCUUCAGAGAAGUGUUUUCUUCCAUUGAAACCUUGGCCUUUACUUUUGGGCAUAUCCUGACAAACUUCCUUAUGGGAGAUGUAGGCAAUGAUUCAGUAUUUCGACUGCCUGUCUCUCAGGAAAGUAAGUCUUUUGAAAAUGUUUCCAUGGAAUCAGUGGACUCAUCCAUUGAAAAAGGAAAUUUUUCUCCUAUAGAAAUAGACAGCAUGCUGUUAAAGAACACUGACUCUGUAGAACUGGCUUUGUCAUAUGUAAAAACAUGGUCAAAAUAUACCAAGAAUGUAGUGUCAUGGGUUGAAAAGAAGCUUAACUUGGAAUUGGAGUCCAGUAGAAAUAUUGUCAAGUUGGCAGAGGCAACUAGAACUAACUUUGGACUACAGGAGUUUAUGCCACUGCAGUCUGUAUUUACCAGUGCCCUUACUAAUGAUAUCGAGAGCAGUCACCUUCUACAACAAACAAUUGCAGCUCUCCAAACCAACAAAUUUGUGCAGCCUCUACUUGGGAGGAAAAAUGAAAUGGAAAAACAAAGGAAAGAAAUAAAAGAACUUUGGAAACAGGAACAAAGUAAAAUGCUUGAAGCAGAGACUGCUCUUAAAAAGGCAAAAUUACUGUGCACACAACGUCAAGAUGAAUAUGAAAAAGCAAAAUCUUCCAUGUUUCGUGCAGAAGAGGAACAUCAAUGCUCAAGUGGUGGAUUAGUGAAAAAUCUCAACAAGCAGCUGGAAAAAAAGCGAAGGCUAGAAGAGGAGGCUCUUCAAAAAGUAGAAGAAGCAAAUGAAUUCUACAAAGUUUGUGUGAUAAAUGUUGAAGAAAGACGAAGUGACCUAGAAAUUGUUAAAAGAGCAAUUUUAACACAACUCCAGAAACUUGUUUUCCAGUGUGAUCUUACCCUUAAAGCUGUGACAGUUAACCUCUUCCAGAUGCAACAAGUACAGGCUGCUUCCCUCGCAAACAGUUUACAGUCUUUCUGUGAUAAAGCCAAACUCUAUGACCCAGGCCAAGAGUAUAGUAAGUUUGUCAAGGCCACAAAUGCAACCGAAGAAGAAAAAGUUGAUGGGAGUGUAACUAAGCCAUCAACAAAUAGUUCCCACACUUAUGGAUAUGGACCUGCUGACUCCUUAGAGGAUGUUGCGCCCGUUCCUCACAGCUCUAAUAAGAUAGAAGAGGACAGGUGCUCUACCAGUGCAGAUGUAACAGGUUCUUCUUUCAUACGGUCGUGGACAUUUGGGAUGUUCAGUGACUCCGAGAGCACUGGCGGAAGCAGCGAGUCUAGAUCUCUGGAUUCAGAAUCUAUAAGCCCAGGGGACUUUAAUCGAAAACUUCCACGAACUCCAUCCAGUGGAACCAUGUCUUCUGCAGAUGAUCUAGACGAAAGAGAGCCGCCUUCCCCUUCAGAAGGUGGACCCAAUUCAGCUGGGAUAUACAAGAAAACAUUGAUGUCAAAGGCAGCUCUCACUCACAAGUUUCGCAAAUGGAGAUCCCCCACAAAAUGCAGGGAUUGUGAAGGCAUUGUGGUUUUCCAGGGUGUUGAAUGUGAAGAGUGUCUGCUUGUUUGUCACCGAAAGUGUUUAGAAAAUUUAGUCAUCAUUUGUGGUCAUCAAAAACUUCCGGGGAAAACACACUUAUUUGGAGCAGAAUUCACACAAGUUGCGAAAAAAGAACCAGAUGGCGUCCCUUUUAUACUCAAAAUAUGUGUCUCGGAGAUUGAAAGUAGAGCCUUGUGUCUACAGGGAAUUUAUCGUGUGUGUGGAAAUAAAAUAAAAACUGAGAAACUGUGUCAAGCUUUGGAAAAUGGAAUGCACUUGGCAGACAUUUCAGAAUUUAGUUCGCAUGACAUCUGUGACGUCUUGAAGUUGUAUCUUCGACAGCUCCCAGAACCAUUUAUUUUAUUCCGAUUGUACACGGAAUUUAUAGACCUUGCGAAAGAGAUCCAACAUGUAAAUGAAGAACAAGAGACAAAAAAGGAUGGCCUUGAAGACAAAAAAUGGCCAAGUACAUGUAUAGAAAUAAAUCGAAUUCUUCUAAAGAGCAAGGACCUUCUAAGACAAUUGCCAGCAUCAAAUUUUAAUAGCCUUUACUAUCUCAUAAUGCAUCUUAAGCGAGUCGUUGAUCAUUCGGAAGAAAACAAGAUGAACUCCAAAAACUUGGGGGUGAUAUUUGGACCAAGUCUCAUUAGGCCAAGGCCCACGACUGCUCCUGUCACCAUUUCCUCUCUUGCUGAGUACUCAAACCAGGCACGGCUGGUGGAGUUCCUCAUUACGUAUUCCCAGAAGAUCUUUGAUGGGUCCCUACAGCCGCAAGAAGUAGCUACGUGUAGUACAGGCGGUGUUGCACCUCAGGUGGAUCAGGGCUGCCAUCUGAAGCCUCUGUUAUCACCAGAAGAAAGAGACCCAGAACAUUUCAUGAAGUCACUCUUUUUCUCUUCAAAGGAAGAUAUCCAUACUGCAGACAAUGAAAACAAAAGUCUUGAACCAGUUGCAUCAUUUGAGGAAUCAGAACGAAAGCAGAAUGCAUCAGAAAAAUGUGAUGCAUGUCUCGUUGACAACAAAGUGCGUUUGCUUGCAGACCAGAGACUUGAAUCAGCGUCACGAAAGAUGGAAGAUGUUUGUAAAACCUCCAAGCCAUUUACUCUGAAACCCGACAGGGAAACCAACAGUGCUGUUGAGAGGUGUGCUCCGAGGACCAAGAGUAGACCUGUAAGUUUGCCUGUCGAUAGACUGCUGCUUCUUGCAAACCCUCCUCAUGAGAGAAAUGGCAGAUAUAUGGGAAAUGUAAACUCAGACAAAUUGUGCAAGAAUCCUGCCUUUGAAGGAGUUAAUACCCCUACUAUUUGUUGCAAAUUUGAUGGCUUUGACCAGCAAACUGCACAAAACACUGGGGAGAAACAGUAUGAACAAAAUGGCCUAAAUGCAAAGACUGCACUGAUCGCGCCCAAUGCGCUCCAGGAAGGAGGAGUGACGACGAGCAUCAGGAUUGGUGGGGACCAUCUGGUCAGUGCCACCCAGCCCAGUAAGCCAUGCCCAGAACCAGUCAGGUCAGCAAGACAGGUGUCGGAGGGACGGUCCUCUGACUCCUGCCCUGCUGCCCCUGUCAGAGCACCCAGAACACUGCAGCCCCAGCACUGGACAACGUUUUAUAAACCACGUGCUCCCGCUGGUAGUGUGAGAGGGGCUGAGGAGAAACCUGUGGCAUCCUCCCCAACAGUGCCUCCUGGCACAGCUCACACUUUUCAGGAGCAUGUGCUGAAAUCAGUUUCAGACUCAGAGAACACACCAGCUGCUUGUCCCUUGCAGCCCACAAGUAAACCUAAGGAGAACUCUGAGGAGCGUGACUUGCCUGAUGUGCACCCAACGUGUCAGAGACCAAGGCUAAAGCGAAUGCAACAGUUUGAAGACCUGGAAGAUGAAGCCCCACAGUUUGUGUAGGGUUGUCGGAAUUCAGCUUCUCUUCUUAAGUUGUUUUGUUUUGUGGUAUUGUGUUUGUUUUGUGAAAGAAUUUUGACAGGGCCCCUUUUGUAUAGGAUUGCCAAAUCGUGGAUUUUGCUUUUCGUCUUUGUAUUGUGUUAUCCUAUGUCGGUCGUAUUGAACGGUCGGUAGAAUGUUGUGAUAGGGUCGCGUCUGUGUCUCACUGGAAUUAUGUGUAUUUUUGAAGUUGUGAAUAAGUAGGCAAACUCAUAUUUUUUAAAGUUUAGUUGAAAUUUUCUCCAUAAAAUGGUCCAUUUAAAUGCAUCCCUAAUAUAUGAUGUAGUUCUCAACUAAUAGCUGCCAUUGGGAAAAAUCAUCUUUAUUUUUUUGAAAUAAAACUAUGUGCUUAUUUAUAAAAGGAAUGUUUCUGAAUGCAAGUGCCUGAAAGAUCUUUGUUUAGUAUGAUUUUUUUAAACACAAUUUUAUAGUGUGUCUUUGACCAUUGUGUUUUUUACGGUAUGUAUGCAACUUUUUAUUUUUCAGUUGUCAAGGUUUUUUUUUUUAUAUUUACAAAAUGGCCAAAAAGCUUGCAAAUCUGUGUUUAAUUGCAUUCCAAUUAAUUGCCAGAUUUACAAGUGGUAGUCAGUUGAAUUGUACAGAGAAAAUGCACUUAAACCUGUUUGUGAAUUACAUAGUGCAGUUAUGUCUUAUUUGGCUUUAGAUGGUUUUAAUACGUUUAAUAGUUUUUUAUGUUUUGGCUUUGUUCUACAUAAACUUUUGUUGUUCAACAGUUCUGAAUGUUUUGGUAUUUUAUAUAAUGGUCCAAGAAAUAUUUUAAAAUUUAAUGCAUUUCCUCUUCAUAUUGUCGAGGUUUAAAAAAAUAUUUUUUUGUAUGAAAUGUUUUUACUUAUGAAUAAUUUUGUGUACUUUUUCUACCUGGACUUUAACCAUUGACAAUGUAUGUUUCAUAUGAAUCGUGCAAAGAUUAUUUAAGUUGACUCUGAGUAUAGUUCAGUAAGCCUCAUUGUUUGGAAUUCGAGAGCAGGUAUAGAUGAUUGGAUGUAUUUCAUGUAUAAAUUUCCCAGUUUUUAGAACUAGUGCAAUUCUUUUGUUUUCUGGGUUUCAUCAUUUUGCCUAAAAUAGGAUAUAAAAGGGAGAAAAAAUAGCCUUUUUGUAUGUGUGAAUUCUAUUUGUAGUAAAUGCUUUUGUAUGACGAUAUUAUACUUGAUAAAAUAUAUGUUACUCUGUUAAAUUA